GUGGGGAAAGGACAGAGCCUGUUUGAAGCCUGGUGCUACACUGCAAAGCCUCUCGCAAAAAGCCAAAGAGGACCCAGAGGAAGAAGGAGCAAGUGCCUUUUGGAAACCCUGCAGGACAACAUACCACAUAUAUACUUUAUACAACACAUACACACACAGCUACCACAACCUCACAUCUAUAUUUACAUAAUACACAGUCACAGUAGAACACGUGACCAACGUUUCUUGGAAACUUAGUGUUUCCCGAAAAGACAGGAGUCUGGACCUUAUCUUGUACAAGACCAGAAAAGUACUGUGAUGCCCACGUGGACUCGGUUCCUGUCAGACUUUUGCGUCAGUGUUGUCCAUUUCAAUGGACACUAGAUGACCUCGAUUGAUAUAUCCUACAGUCUUUUGAUUCAGCCAGUGGGAGGGGAACAUAUUUCAAAGACACGCAUUGAAGAAGAUGCGUUAAAGAAGACACCGCUUAAGAAGAGCUCCUUUGUUGCCUUUUCCAUUUGCUACGACAAUGUCAUGGGACAAGUUUACCUGUCACCUGGUCUCCCUGGCAGCGCUCCUGGUGGCGGUAUGCUGCGGUGCAGUGGAACAGCGUAAGGGGGCAGAGGGCGGCACUGGCAGCGUCAGUGGUAGCGCUAGCACCGGCGGCAGCAGUAGACGCUACAACCGAAUCCAGCAUGGGCAGUGCACCUACACCUUCAUCCUGCCGGAGAACGAUGGCAGCAACUCCGCCUGUCGGGAGCCCAAAGCUGGUGGACAGUACAAUGCCAAUGCCCUCCAGAGAGACGCACCGCAGGGAGAACAAGACUUCUCCAGCCAAAAGAUCCAGCACCUGGAGCAUGUGAUGGAGAACUACACUCAGUGGCUUCAGAAGAUUGAAAAUUACAUCAAAGAGAGCAUGAAGAUGGAGAUGGCACAACUUCAGCAGAGUGCAGUGCAUAAUCACACAGCUGCCAUGUUGGAGAUGGGCACCAGUCUACUGUCCCAGACAGCCGAACAGACACGAAAGCUGACAGACGUGGAGACACAGGUUCUGAAUCAGACAUCAAGACUUGAGAUCCAGCUGCUUGAGAACUCUCUGUCAACCAAUAAGGUGGAGAAACAGCUCCUGCUCCAGACCAAUGAAAUAAGAAAACUUCACGACAAGAAUGGUUUCCUGGAGCAGAAGAUGCAGGAGAUGGAGUCCCGGCACCAGGAGGAGCUUGCGGCCCUGCGGGAGGAGAAGGGUAGCCUGCAGGAGCUGGUAGGCAGGCAGAGCAGCGUGAUCCAGGAGCUGGAGACCCAGCUGGGCCGUGCCACCGGCAACAACACCGCACUGCAGAGGCAGCAGCAGGAUCUCAUGGACACCAUGCACAGCCUGCUCAACCUCUGUUCCAAGGGAGGAGUGGUCCCAAACAGCACAAAACAGGCAGAUGAGGAGAGGAAAUAUCGGGACUGUGCUGACCUCUUCCAGGCGGGGUUCAACAAGAACGGUGUCUACACGAUCCACAUUAACAUGCUGGAGACAAAGAAGGUGUACUGCAACAUGGAGUCUGCUGGAGGGGGCUGGACGGUGAUCCAACACAGAGAGGAUGGAAGCUUGGAUUUUCAGAGGACGUGGAAGGAGUACAAGAUGGGAUUUGGAAGUGUGUCUGGGGAGCACUGGCUGGGAAAUGAGUUUGUCUACCUCCUCACCAGCCAGAGGCAGUAUUCCCUACGGGUGGAGCUAACGGACUGGGAUGGACAGCAGGCUUUUUCCCAGUACGACAAGUUUCACAUUGGGAAUGAGAAGCACAACUACAGAAUAUUUCUGAAGGCACACAGUGGGACAGCUGGCAGACAGAGCAGUUUGGUGAUCCAUGGGGCGGACUUCAGCACCAAGGACAUGGACAACGACAACUGCAUGUGCAAAUGUGCUCUCAUGCUAACGGGCGGUUGGUGGUUUGAUGCCUGCGGUCCUUCCAACCUUAACGGAAUGUAUUAUACCAAGGGGCAGCACGUUGGGAAACUAAAUGGCAUCAAGUGGCAUUACUUCAAAGGCCCGAGCUACUCCCUUCACACAACAACCAUGAUGAUCCAUCCAUUGGAAGUCUGAGAGGGCAUUGUCAAGGCUUGUGGAUUCAAAGGGAAAUAUCAACAACAAUUCUCAGCAAUGCUUUUCCAUGUAAAGGACCAGGACAUUAUGGAAAACGGCUGCCAUGAAGUCAACCUCUCAUUUGUUAUUAUUUUUUUCGCGGGUGGAGGGGGUUUGUGUUGGGAAAGACAAAUGUUUCCCCAACUUUACAGUAUUAUCUUGUUAUGUUUUCAUUGCUAAGCAAGUCAUUCGGGUUUUACUCUUGAACUUUAGGCUUCUGUAGAAUACUGAACUGAACGGUCAUAACUGUAGGAGGCCUGGCUGGAGCCAAGAGUAUUUGUUCUUUCAGUUUCAUUUGUUUGGACUGCCCAAUGUUAACAGUGCCAAAUCUGGGAUGUGCACAUAAACAAGAAAAUAAACCAUGGUUUUCUAAGGCUUUUGGGGUUGAUGCAAAAUGACAUUCUGAAUCAGAACAUUAUGAUUAAUGCUCUUUAUUUUUAUACAGUUGUAAAAUGUUUGACAUAGUUUGACAUUUUUGUACACAGUCUUCUGCAAACAGAAGGGAAAUAAGGAACUGCACCAAGGAUUACAAGAUCAUUUUCUGCAGUUCAUAGAAGGACAAUUCAAUUCCAGUGACUUUGUGCAACAUGUGAACUUUGAACAAGAGGCACAGCUGAAUCAAUGCGGACUCAUAAUUCCUAAGCCAUAGCUACCGUAUUGUUAUUGAAUUGCUAAUGAGGAAGUAUGUACUCCACUGGUUGGCAAACUGCUUGUGAGCUUUUUUUGAGACCCACAAUAUUAUAUAAUUAUACAUUGUUCAUUCCUCUCAGUCUUCUAAUUUGAGCAAAUGUGAAAAUUAAUACAUACUUGUACACAUAUGUGGACCAGUAUUCUCACUCUCUCUUGUUUCUAGCUGUUAACCAAUUCAAGAGGAAUUGAAAAUCUUCUGUCCCACACUAUAUAUUGUGUUGAUGUUAAUUUAUAGGAAAUGCCUGUCUUUGUUUUGAUUUUGUUUUUAAACUUGACUUUUUAAUGAGUAUUUCAUGAAGAACAUUUGAAUGAUAUAAAAUCCAAUAUUUCAGCUGAAAUGCGUGUGGGUAUAUUGCACUGUGAAUGUGAAUGGAGGAUGAUGAGGGUAAGGAUUAAUAAUGAGAUGCGUACCUACCCUCUGCCACAUACUCAGAUGUAAAUAAUGUUAAAUAAACAUUAUUUAAUAAAA